AUGUCGAAUAGCAAGUCCCUUUUGUUAGUUGUGGCCUCUCUUGCAGCUUCAGCUAUGCUGAUAAGAAGUAUUACCAAUGAGUUCAUUCCUCAUGAAGUCGUAGAGUUUUUUCACUCAGGACUUCACAAUCUAUCUCGCAAGAUCGCCACCCAACUCACUGUUGUCAUUGAAGAAUUUCAAGGCAUGUCCAAAAACCAAGUGUUUGAGGCUGCAGAGGCCUAUCUUACCACCAAAGCCACUCUCUCAGCUCAAAGAGUUAAGGCAGGCAAAUCCGAGAAUGAUAAAAAUCUAUCGUUCCGUGUAGACAGAGACACUAGUGCAAAAAGGGGCUUUUACGUCAGGUACUAUGAGCUAAGUUUUCCAAAGAAACACAAGGAGAAGAUAUUCAGUUCAUAUUUGCCACAGGUGUUGGAGAGAGCCAAAGCCAUCAAACAAGAAAAUGAGGCAAUGAAGCUUCACACGGUUGAUUAUAGAGGUUACUGGAGAGAGCCUGGUAUCAAACUUGAUCACCCCAUGACUUUCAAGACUCUUGCAAUUGAUGCAGAACUUAAGAGGGAAAUAAUGAAUGGUUUGGACAAGUUUGUAAAAGGGAAAGAGUUCUAUAAAAGAACUGGGAAAGCUUGGAAACGUGGCUACCUCUUGUAUGGCCCUCCUGGCACUCGCAAGUCAAGCCUUAUUGCUUCCAUGUCCUAUUAUCUGAACUAUGAUAUCUAUGACUUGGAUCUCACCACUGCCCAAGACAACAACGAAUUAAAAAACUUGAUCCUAGCCAUGUCCAACCGUUCCAUGCUUGUGAUAGAGGACAUUGAUUGCGCUAUAAAGCUGCAAAACCGAGAAGAAGAUGGAGAAGCAGUUAAUAACGGAGAUAAUAAGGUAACACUUUCAGGACUGUUGAAUGUUAUAGAUGGUCUAUGGUCAUGCUGUGGAGAGAAACGCAUUGUUAUUUUCACAAGCAAUCACAAAGAGAGGCUGGAUCCUGCUCUGCUAAGACCUGGCCGAAUGGAAAUGCAUAUUCAUCUGUCAUAUUGUAACUUUUCUGCCUUUGAGCAAUUGGCCUUCAACUACCUUGGGAUUUCUCACCACAAACUCUUUGACCAGAUUGAAGGGCUUCUGAGAGAAGUACAAGUGACUCCAGCUGAAAUGGCAGGAGAGCUAAUAAAGAUCUCUGAGGUUAGAGAAGGUCUACAAGACAUUGUCAAAUUCCUCCACAACAAGAAAAUGUUGCACGGAAUGACUAUAUAA